AGCCCACAUGAGCCAAACAAAAUAACUCCCUAGGGUUUUCACUACAUAUAGCCGCUCACGCAAAAACUUCUCAUCCAGCGCCGCCAACCCUCCUCCCCCUCCCGCCCUCCUGCUCCGGCCGCCGCCGCCGCGCCCGCACAGCCGCAGCAACCAUGGCGGAUUCGAAGGCCACUGCGGCGGUCACCCUCCGCACGCGCAAGUUCAUGACCAACCGCCUCCUGGCCCGCAAGCAGUUCGUGCUCGAGGUCAUCCACCCAGGCCGCGCCAACGUCUCCAAGGCGGAGCUGAAAGAGAGGCUGGCGAAGCUCUACGAGGUCAAGGACUCCAACUGCAUCUUCGUCUUCAAGUUCCGGACCCACUUCGGAGGCGGCAAGUCCACCGGCUUCGGACUCAUCUACGACAACCUCGAGGCCGCCAAGAAGUUCGAGCCCAAGUACCGCCUCAUCAGGAACGGCCUUGCUACUAAGGUAGAGAAGUCACGAAAGCAGAUGAAGGAACGUAAGAACAGGGCAAAGAAAAUCCGUGGUGUGAAGAAGACAAAGGCUGGAGAUGCCAAGAAGAAGUAAGGGGGAAGUUGCUUGCUUGCCAUCUUCAUCUUGUUUGGCUUUGGUUUGUUAGGGUGGGUUCCUUGUGGCAAUGCUGAAUGUUUAACUAGAAGUAGAGAGGGUUUUGCCAGUUACCCAGUACGUUGAGUUUCUCGCUGUGCCUUGUGUUCAGUUUUGGGGUACCUUGUCAGACACUAGAAUAUAUACUUGGUUAUUAUUUUGAUUUAUAUUUUGUGUCUACUGAUGAGAAGUUGGAUGCAAGACACUGUCUGCUGCUCCCUC